GUGUAUAUUUAUGUGUGGUCAUGACCAUGACAUCGGUGUCAGUAAUAGUGGCUGUACUUGUUAUCAACAUCUAUAACAGAGGGAUGAAAACCAACAGAGCACCGUACUGGUUACGUAAAUUGACACUACAAUGGCUGUCCAAAGCAAUUUGUCUACAUCACGAUAUUAUACUUGUGGCGCAGGGUGUUAAAUUGAACAUUUUCACCUACACUUCAAUGAGAACACCGGACCCAUUGGCAGCAAUGGAGGAAAAAUCGGUGAUAGAGUCAAACGAAAUUAAAGGCCACAAAAAUAACAAUAAAGAUAAUUACUGUUCAGAUACCAACUUCAAUUCACCAUCAGAGGUUACUUUACCACCUAACCAACCAGAAAAAGUCUGGUAUCGUCAUGAAGAGCUAGAAGAAUUAUUAAGGACAGAACAAGAAAGAAGUCAACAGGCCCAACUCAGGCAAACUCAGACGGCAAACAAAGGGUCUGGUUCGACUCCCUCUAAUGCCACCGAUGAUCCCGAAAAUGACAAUGUUUCGAAACCAGUGCAAUACUCCUACUCAAUAGAAUCCAAUUUGAGUGAUUUGCCUCACGUAGAUCGCAAGAAGAUCAUGAUUGCCGAAUGGCAAAGAAUUGCUGCUGCGACCGAUAGAAUUUUAUUUAUUAUUUAUAUGCUGGCUACAGUAACGGCAUAUUUCAUCCUUCUUAUUAUUCUUCCUACUCAGCAUUAUAGUAGCCAAAAACACUCUUUAUCAAAUGCUAUAUUGCUGAACAAUGGUACAAAGAGCUGA